UAGAUUUUCGUACAUUUCUUUUAUAUAUUAUUGAUUCUAUACGAAAAAAACGAUUAAUUAAUAGUCAUUGGGAACAAAUUGUUCAACGUUGUGCAAUCUGUUUAAUUAAUUAUGAUUGGAUUGGAAAAAUUGAAAAUUUAGAUCAUGAUGGAAAAUUCUUAACAGAAAAAUUAAAUAAAAAUUCCGAUAAAAUUCAUUUAGAAUUUCCUUCGAAAGAAUCUGAUAAAAAAGAAAAAAGCGAAAAAUCAUUAAAUGAUUUUCAAUUAUGUGAACUUUUUCGAAACACUAUUCAAAAUGAUAAUGAUUUUCAAGUUUUAAUCGAUUAUUAUAAACCAGAUUUUGAAAUAUUUAAUUAUACAAUCCCUAAAUUAUAA